CAGAAGAAUGUCUUUGAAUCUACGCUGCAGGAUCUGAGAAGUUUAAUGCUCUUUCACACAGGGCAGCAGACACCAUGAGCUCCAUUCACUGCAGAGCCACGACUCACAACAUACUUUCUGCUGUCUCUGGCACUUAGACCACAUUGAUUUGUUUUCUAUGGGAGGACUGGAGCAGUUUUUGUGUGUGCGAAGAGGAGCCACUCAUGCGAGCGCAGGACAACUGAGAGACUAGCAGAAUUCGGUUGCAUGAUGGCCUCACAGCGUUCUUCGCUGCUUCUCUGAAGAUCCUUCUUUGCAGUUUAAGUCAUAUAUCUCAGUAUGGAAGAGCUCCGGACUGAAGCAGAGGAGAAGCAAGGAUGAGAAAACUCUGACAGACAGACAACAGAGGAAUUUAGCAUUUCGCACAGUCUUCUAGACCAAAAUCACGGACUAUUUAUUUAUUUUUACUGGAACACUGAAUGAUGUUUCUGCUGGCUGUUAUGUGUGUGUUGUACGUCUGGAGUCCAGCAACGUUGAUCAGUGGACAGGGACAGACAUCGAAUAACAUACCUCGGAAAACAGUGCCAAUGGAUAGUAAUGGAGGACGUUUGUUUCGCGAGGAGGGUGUUUGGAACUACACCACUAUGCUUCUGCGGGAAGACCUCAACAUGCUCAUCCUGGGUGCCAGGGAAGCCAUUUUUGCCCUCGAUCUAGAUGACAUUACAGUCAAGAAGGCCAUGGUGAAUUGGCCAGUCACAGAACAGCAGCAAAAAGAAUGUUCCUAUAAAGGAAAAGAUGCUACGAAUGACUGCAGAAACUAUAUCCGAAUUCUUCAUAAAAAUAAAGAUGGCAGUAUGUAUGUUUGUGGAACCAAAGCAUUCAACCCAUCCUGUGACCAUAUGUCCUAUGCAAAUGGUCAGCUGAAUUUAGCGAACAAGCAAGAAGAUGGAAAGGGGAAAUGUCCAUUUGAUCCUCAUCAACGAUACACGUCUGAGAUGGUUGAUGGAGCGUUAUACACUGCCACUUCAAUUAACUUCCGGGGUUCAGAGCCAGUUAUGAUGCGCAGCACGGACGAAAUCAUACGGACAGAGUUUGCAAGCACUUGGCUCAAUGAACCAAAUUUUGUCUACAUGGCCCACAUCCCGGAGGGAGAAUCGAGCCCAGAGGGCGACGACGACAAGAUCUAUCUGUUCUUCAGCGAGACCGCGGUGGAAUAUGAUUCAUACACCAAGGUGGACAUCUCUCGGGUGGCUCGUGUCUGCAAGGGAGACUUGGGUGGGCAGAGGACGUUGCAAAAGAAGUGGACAUCAUUUCUAAAAGCGAGGCUUGACUGUCCCAUUCCAAAAGUUAACCUGCCUCUUCUGGUCCAGGACAUGUUCCACGUGUGCCAAGAUAACUGGACCACCUGUGUCUUUUAUGGUGUUUUUUACUCUACAAUUGUAAACUCCUCUCAAUACUCUGCAGUAUGUGCAUACAAAAUUGAAGACGUCAGGACGGUGUUCUCAAAGAGCAAGUUUAAGGCUCCUUUUACCGUCGAGACGUCGUUUGUGAAGUGGGCGAUGUACUCGGCUGAACUACCUGACCCUCGACCUGGAGCAUGCAUUGACAAUCAUGCCAGAGAACAGGGCUUCACCAAAACCCUGGAUCUGCCGGACAAAACGUUGCAGUUCGUUAAAGAAAAGCCUCUGAUGGACCAGGCAGUCUCGCCCAUUAGAAAUCAAGCCCUGCUGGUGAAGAGAGGCACUGCUUUCACUAGAAUUGUGGUGGCCACAGCGACAGCCUUGAACGGGAGCAACUAUCACGUCACGCUCAUUGGCACAAAGAGCGGUUCAGUGCUGAAAGCUGUGAAUUAUGAGAGAGAGAUGGUUAUUAUGGAAGAGAUUCAGGUAUUUGAGCCCUCAGAGCCCGUCAAGAUACUGCGACUUUCCAACACCAAGCUAUACGUGGGUUCGGAGGUGGGCGUGGUGCAGCUGUCCAUUAGUGAAUGUGGGCGGUACCACACGUGUCUGGACUGCGUUCUGGCCAGGGAUCCGUACUGUGGCUGGGACCUCAACAUCGAACGCUGCUCUACCAUAGACGACACACACAGAAACAGAACCAGCACCGUGAUUCAGAGUUUGAGUGACGGUAACGCCAGUCAGUGUCCGCCAAUAGGUGUCAGUAAGCCGGUCAACAUCUCGGUUUUCCAUGGCAAUACCGUGAAGCUGUGGUGCCAGCCUUAUUCCAACCUGGCAAAGGUUCACUGGCAGCUGAACGGACUGCCGAUCACACCGUCAAACACCUUCCAGAUCCUCUCGGACUGCCUAAUGAUCCUCAACGCCUCCGCAGAAGCCAGCGGCGACUACACCUGCAGUUCUGUCGAGGGGAAAUACGAGGCCCAGCACGUGGCAUAUCAUCUAACAAUGUGGUCAGGACCUGGGACUACAGCGUCCCUCAGGGACAUUAAGGAAAAAGAGAACACCCUAGUGGCGAUGGUGGUGGUAUUGUCGUUAAUUCUAGCAAUGCUAGUGAUUUGGAACCUGUACAAAGGGCAUUUACCUUUGCCAUGUUGCCACAGUAGGGUAAAGGACACGACAAACAGGUGCGGGGACGAGAGGUUCUCUGGAAACCAGGCUCAACAACGUAAAGCAGCGUCAUCGACAGUGAACAUGAACAGCAACAACAACCAUCCAGACAUCCAGAGGUGUUCCAUCUCUAGAGAAACAGACAGACUCUCAACCACGGUUGGUUCCUCAGGUCAGAUCUCAAUGACAUAUAUAGAUGAUGAGUCAGAGAUCUGAGGUCGUUGUUAUGCGCAGACUUGCUAAUGCAGCUAAUGUGAUAGUUCAUCUUUUAAAUGCAGACCACGGGUGCUGGAUCCUCUUUUGCACCUGCUAACUCUUGACUAAACUGCUGUUUUGACCCACUUUGUGUCCUUGAUGAAUUGCCUUUCAUUCUAAAUGCCAUUUUUCAACUACCAUAUGCCAAAUGUGGUGUGAAACACCAUGUUUCAUAUGGAAAAAAGAAUAUGAAGACACUGAACCAGACUUUUGAACUGCCAAAGUCUCUUCAAAGUCAAAUCACUUGGUGGACGUAUUUGUAACGCCACCAGGCAGCUAUUUCAAUUAUGCAAAAUCAGCGUUAGUGUGUCAAACUGCUUGGCAAUAUUUCAAAUAUUUGUUGAGAUGCCUC